AUGGCAGAUCACACCUUUGCAUCCAGCCUACACUAUCCACCUGUGGACGGCUCUUUACUGUUCCCUGGAAUUGUUGCAUUUAAUGCUGAACACAAUUCCAACGUACCUCUAUUUGUCUUCCCAAAAGAUGGGUCAGCCAACGGAGUCGUGUCCAUCUCGCACCUAGAGUUCUAUAGAGCCUGUCAUCGUGUUGCACAUGCACUUCGUCCUAACCGCACAGGCCCUGACGGCGAAACUAUCGCUAUUAUUGCCGUGACUGACACCAUCCAGUACUUCGCCCUUCUGGUUGGUGCGAUAAUUGCAGGAUACGUUCCUUUUCCGAUGUCUCCACGAAAUUCUGCAGCCGCCGUCUCCAAUCUGUUUCUAAAGACUUCCUGUCAUCGUUUGAUAACUACUCAGCACUCCCUCCAGCCCCUCUUGAACGACGUUAAAUCGGAGCUCGGAUCCUUUGACCUCGCUGUACAAGAUGUUCCAUGCCUUGCGCAUAUAUACCCAAAGCUCGGAUUAGAAACAAUUGAUGAUCAUUUCGAACCAUUCCCUGCGCGACCAAGUCGUCCUUCUGCCAGCGAAGUGAUGAUGUAUCUCCAUUCUUCCGGGAGUACUGGCUUCCCGAAAGCUAUUCCCCAGACAUAUCAGACAGUCAUUCAUUGGUGUGCUGCAGCCACGGUAGUCGAUACCAAACUCUACCCCGCUGACACACGUCUUGGUGUGAUGCUGCUGCCAUCGUUCCAUACUCUUGGCAUCGUUUGCUCACUAUACCUGCCACUGAUCACCCUUCGCAGUGUUUCUGUCUAUGCGCCCACGUCGUAUAAUGACCCGAAAGCUAUUCCGGUGAUCCCAACCUCUGAAAAUAUAAUUGAGGGUGUGCAAAGGACGAACUGCAAUGCAUUGAUAGCGGUUCCUGCAUUUAUUGAGUUGUGGGCGUUAUCUCCCUCUGCGAUAGAAAUAUUGAAAUCACUUCGAUUUCUUGCAUAUUCUGGUGGCCCGUUAUCUGAAAAAGUGGGCGAUGCGCUGGCAUCAGUAAGAAUACCUCUGAUAAAUGUUUACGGUGGCACGGAGUUUGGUGGUCUUAGUACUAUGUUUCGCCGAAAAGAUGAGGUAUGGGACUGGGUAUGGAUAUAUCUGGGCCCUCGAAUAAUGUUUCGAUGGGUUCCACAAGGAGAAGGACUUUAUGAAUGUCAAAUUCUGCAAAGUGAAAUGCAUCGAGUUUCAGUAGAGAAUCUCCCAGAUGUGAAGGGCUAUGCGACCUCAGAUAUUUUCUUGAAGCAUCCUACUAAAGAAGGACUGUGGAAGCUGGUGGGAAGGAAAGACGACAUUAUAGUCCUUUCGUCGGGAGAAAAAACCGUUCCUGCGCCUAUGGAGAAUACCAUUGCAUCUAACCCUGUAGUGGGAGGUACUGUCAUGUUUGGCCGUGCCCGUAAUCACGUGGGGAUAUUAAUCGAACCAAGGCAAGGAUUUGACGUGAAUAUCGACGACCCGAAGCAAGUGGCAGCUGUCAGGAAUAGGAUAUGGCCGGAAGUUGAGGAAGCGAAUAAAGCUGCACCAGCCUUCAGCCGCAUAUUCAAAGAAAUGAUCCUCAUCACUCGCCCAGAUAAACCCCUGCCUCGCACGGGGAAAGGAACUGUUAUGAGAAAGGCAGCCGUGACAAUCUAUGAUAAGGAAAUCGACGCUCUAUAUGACACAGUUGAAGCUAGCACCACUGUUAACAAAGAUGUGGAAUUACCGAAGGACUGGUCAGAGGAAUCUUUGGUUGUGUGGCUUGGGGAGCACGCUGCUCGCGUUAACUCAGAUAAGAAGGUAGACCCCGAAGUGGAUGUCUUUGAACAAGGUUUUGAUAGUUUAACUGCAACAUUUCUCAGAAAUCGAAUCAUUGGGUCACUUAGCUCCUCAACAGACAGUAAUGUGCGAACAACAGCCAGGCAAAUAGACCAGAAUAUCGUUUUCAGUAAUCCUACGAUCAAGCGACUGUCUCAGGCACUUGCUCGUGUGGUCUCGAACCCACAAUUCACUGGAAAAGAAGGCAGUCUCAUCAAUCGCAAGGUAGAGCUCGAAAAUACGCUGGUAAUGUAUUCUGAAGGGUUGCCGGGGACGUUGAGCCCACAGGUAGAGCAACCUAAUGGGGAUGGCCAUAGUUGUCACGUAGUUCUACUCACCGGUUCUACUGGUGGCCUAGGCUCUUACCUCCUUGCGUCGCUGCUAGAAAAUGAACAGGUUAGCCUGGUGUACGCUUUCAAUAGGUCAUCUAAGGAUGGAAAAUCAAGUGAAGAGAGACAGAAGGCAGGGUUCGAGGAUAGGGGUUUGGAUAUUGCUCUAUUGAGCUCGCCCAAACUCCGGUAUAUUGAAGGCGAUGCCGUACAGGAUAAACUAGGCCUAGGAGACGCUACUUAUGAUAAGCUACGAACGUCCAUCAACAUCAUCAUCCAUAACGCUUGGCGUCUUGAUUUCAGUCUUUCUCUCUCUUCCUUUGGGUCAAAUAUCAAGGGAACUCGGAAGCUCGUAGACCUCGCGCUAUCAUCCCCUAAUGCUCCAAGUUUACGUUUUUUGUUCACAUCAUCUAUUUCCUCCGCACAAGGGUGGGACAAGAGCAAGGGUGCUUGCCCAGAGGAAGUGCUGUUUGAUGCAAAUGUCGCGUCUGGUGGGUCUGGCUAUGGCGCUAGCAAAUAUGUCUGUGAGCGAAUACUCGAAAAAAGCGGUUUACAAGCGUCAUCAUUCAGGAUAGGACAAAUAUCAGGGGGACAACCAAGAGGAGCCUGGAGUGUUACGGACUGGUUCCCUAUGCUCGUCAAAUCGAGUUCAGCGCUAGGUGUUCUACCAGUUGCGAAAGGAAUAAGGGCCCUCAUUUUGGUUGUGUCUUGGUUGCCUCCUCAUGCGGUUUCUCAAGCGAUCUUGGACGUUGCCUUUGCAAAGGCGAAGCCUCCUACAGUAAUCAACUUGGUGCAUCCCCGGCCUGUUCAAUGGGCAGCACUGAUGCAGCCCAUAGGGGACGCACUGAUACGAAACAAAUUGUUACCUAACCCGCUUCCUACUGUGGCAUUCGAAGAAUGGUUUUCGAGACUAGAACAGAAGGCAAUCAGCGCGAGUACAGAAGAUUUCAAGGAAAUGCCCGCGCUGAAGUUACUUCCUUUCAUGCGCAUGAUCGCCCAAAGUGAUAAAUCAAUUCGAGAAGUAACAAGUGAAGAUGAAACAGGAGGAUUUGUUGUCUUUUCUACGACGAACGCACAGCAACUGAGUCAAACGAUGAGAGGGCUUGCAUCUAUUACAUCUGAAGAUGUAGGCCUUUGGAUGAAAUAUUGGGCCUCGAAGGGAAUGUUUAUUUAAAAGAUAUUAUGAAUCUGAUCAUUUCGUAAACGUUGUAAUAAAAGAUACAAUGAUAUGUCAGUUUGACAUUGGG